AUGUUGGAGCCAGGCCUGGAGGAUGAUUGCAUGAUUCUGCACCCCGUCUGGUCCAGCGUCCCAAGCGUCGAAUCGCAGGCCAUGUCGAGGUGCAAGCCCACAACGGAAUCCAGCGCCGGGCUUUCUGCAGAGAGGCAGAAGAACGAGAUACUUACCGAAAGGGAAUCUCAACGCCCUGUCGCCUGGGUAAGACUGGUGUCUCCGCAGGAGCGUUGGAAGGAUCAGCGUUUGAAGGCUGACUCGAGAGGAAGAGAUGACGUUGAUGCCAAAGACACGAGAAGAGAAAAGAAGCGCGAUGUGGCUUAG